UUGUGUUUUAUCUAUGAUAUGCUUUAUGGAUGGAUGUGAGCUACCUAAUGACAUUGUACAAAUAGGCUAUUAUUUUGCAGUAAUUCGAUGAUGUUCCACCUCACCCUGCUCUUCUUCUUGACUGUUCAUAAAAUCAACCAGAGCCCAAGAGUGUUACCCAAUAUCACACUGGGUUACAACAUCUACGAUAACUUCCUCAAUGCCAGGAUCACCUAUGAGGUCAUGAUGGACUUGCUGUCUACAGGUCAGGAGAAUGUCCCAAACUACAGAUGUGGAAGACAAAAGAACCUGCUGGGAGUUCUUGAAGAGAUGGAUACUGAAUUCUUUGAUCACAUUUCUACUUUCUUGGGCAUCUACAAAAUUCCACAGAUCAGCUUUGGUGUUUUCAGCCAUAUACCUGAGCCAAAGCAUAAUUUUCCUUUUUUCUACCAGAUGACCCCAAAACAAGAACCUCCUAAUUCAGCAAUUGUCCAGCUGCUCCUGCAUUUCCAAUGGACAUGGAUCAGCCUCCUUUCUCAGGACAACGAAAGAGGAGAAAACUUAAAAAAACUUCAUUGGUUUCUGAGAAACUUUCAGCUUCACAACACUUCCAGAGAUGGGAUUUAUUUGGAUGAAAAUGGAAUUCCGACUGCUGACUUUGACAUCGUGAACUGGAAACCAUCUUCCAAAAAUUCUGUUCCUUGGGUGAAAGUUGGGAGUAUAGAAAGAGAAGCCUCCUCUGAAGUCAAGCUCUCCAUCAAUCAGAGUGCCAUCCUGUGGCCAAUAUCAUUUGGUCAGGUAGUGCCUUCUUCUAGAUGUACAGAAAGUUGUUACCCGGGACAUGCCAAGGUUAUGAUUGAGGGAACACCAGUUUGUUGCUAUGACUGUUCUCUGUGUAUGGAAGGAACAUUCUCUGAGAAAGAAGAUGCAGCCCAUUGUGAAAAGUGUCCCGAUGAUCAGCAUUCCAAUGAGAAGAGAGAUCAAUGUAUCCCCAAGGUUAUAACUUUCCUGUCCUAUAAAGAAAAUUUAGGUCUCAUCCUGAUUCUUUUUGCCUUUGCCUUAUCCAUAACUACUGCCUUUGUUCUGGGAAUCUUCAUUAAGUACCGAGAAACUCCCAUAGUCAAAGCCAAUAACCGGGACCUCACCUACAUACUCUUGAUCGCCCUCCUGCUUUCCUUCUUGACCUCCUUUCUAUUUAUGGGUCGACCUAAGAAAGUUACCUGUCUUCUUCGACAAACCACCUUCAGUAUUAUUUUUUCAGUUGCUGUUUCUUCAUUGCUGGCCAAGACUGUCAUGGUGGUGGUGGCAUUUCUGGCCACAAAGCCGGGCAGCAUGAUGAGGAAAUGGCUGGGAAAGAGUUUGGCUGUCUCUAUUGUCCUGUCAUGUUCUGGGGUUCAGGUGGGCAUCUGCCUUGUAUGGCUAGGAAUUUCUCCUGCAUUCCCAGAUUUUGACCUGCAUUCCCAACCAGGACAGAUCAUCCUGCAGUGUAAUGAAGGCUCAGUUACCAUGUUCUACACUGCCCUUGGCUACAUGGCGUUUCUGGCUACCAUCUGCUUCAUGGUGGCUUUUCUAGCCAGAAAACUCCCAGGGACCUUCAAUGAAGCCAAGUGGAUCACCUUCAGCAUGCUGGUUUUCUGCAGUGUUUGGAUCUCCUUUGUCCCCACUUACCUGAGCACCAAAGGGAAAUAUAUGGUGGCCGUGCAGAUCUUCUCCAUCCUGGCCUCCAGCCUGGGCUUACUGGGCUGCAUCUUUAUCCCCAAAUGCUACAUCAUUAUUCUGAGACCUGAUAUGAACACUAAGGAGCAUCUAAUGAUGAAAAGCUAUGUGGGCUCCUGAUUUUAGAAGCUAUUUUUGUAUAGGCUGCAGGUAUAAAAUAUUAUGUCUUGUAAAGUAAUCUCCUUUUCGGGUGUUUUAAACAAUCUUUGUCCAUCAAUGUGAGUGCUGAGUUAUA